AAUAGUUCGGUUCUAGCUGUCGACACGGUCGCACGUAAGCCUACAUUACGUUUGCUCUCUGAACGUUGUUGUUACGCCAGUGUUAUUUGUCUUCUGUAUUCGUUGCAAUCGUUUUCUGUGUGUUGCAAGUAGUGUGACUGUCUGUUAGUUCAUCGUUUGUGUCGACUUCCGACGGAAUUUCGGCACCGGCCGGAAUUUCAAGGCUGCACCACAACAUGGCAAGCUCCGUGAGAAAAAACACCGUCGCAUUUUCCUUCGACAAGGAAACUCGUGGAGUUCAACCAUCUAUACUCGAAAUACGUAACUGGAUUACCAAGGUAAUCGGCAUUAGCUCCGAGUCUAUUCAUACCAUGCAAUUAGAUGCUGACAACUACUGCAUUUUCGUGAAGUUUGUAGAUUCGGCAAUGGUUGACCGUUUUUUGGAAAAAUAUGGUAGUGAAGUAGAAUUUGUACACAAAGACGGGACAAAGAGUAGAGUAGGAAUCAGUAAUGUUGGCUCUAUGAUCAGCAAUGUGCGUGUAUUGAAUAUUCCUAUUGAAGUAGAUAAUUCGAAAAUUAAGGAAGCCCUAGAAGAGUACGGUGUAGUACACGAAAUUGUUAAUGAAAGAUGGUCCCCCAAGUAUAAGUUGCAUUGUUUUAACGGCAAUCGCUCGGUAGAAAUGGAAGUGCAGGCGAACAUUCCACCUUACAUCUUUGUGGAUGGUCACAAGGCCCGUGUCAUUUAUACAGGUCAAGUCUCGACAUGUUAUAUGUGUAAUGAGGCUCGUCGCCUCCGCCAUGACAGCUCGCGUCGUGUUUUUGUUUUAAAACGCAAUCGCUCGCUACGCCGGAAACGAACAAUCAAUGACUUUUUACCAAGAUACGACAGAACUAAACCGACGACUGAAAUAAUUUCAGCUACCAUUCACAGUGCUCCCGUCGCUGGAGUUAAUAAAUUUGCGCCUCUAAAAUCCCCCAGUAAUGAUGAACAGCCAUCCUACAAACGCAAGCUUAGAAACAAGAAGAGACCCCUUAAACAUACUGACGACUCUUCAUAUGAAGAAACUGCUCGUAAAACGCUUGUAACCACGGAGCCAAAACCGUGUAGUGAAGAAACAUUGGAAGAAGAUGAGGGAAUGCGAGUGGAAGUGGUGACACAUUUAGGAGAAGAGAAUUUAGUGAUUGCAACAGAAAGUGUAACUGCUGAAACAAGAAACAAGAAGCGACGCCGUGAACAUACUGACGACCAUGCAGAUGAAGAAACCUCUCGUAAAGCGCAUGUAACCAGAAAGCCAAAACUGCGUAAUAGAGAAACAUUGGAAGAGGAUGAUGGAAUGCGAGUGGAAGUGGUGACACAUUUAGGAGAAGAUGAUUUAGUGAUUACAAGAGAAAGUGUCACUGGUGAUAGGGGCCCACUGGAGAAUAAUCAUGAGAUUGCAGUGCUAACAGCGGAACCGGAGGCGCAGCAGCUCACACUGCACGCUACACAAGAGGAAGAGCCCACUGAACAACAUGCUGACUCCGAAGUGCGAGAGUACGCCGAAGGAAGAAGCACACGAGCGAAAGUGCUUAGGCAGCAGCCCGUCACAACAGUAAACACACCGCUGCUAAAUAUUGAUAACUCGAACACCAACACUGGCCAUCAAGAUCGUCAUCGGCGGAAACAGAAAAGCAAACGGAAAGUUGUCGUCAUUUGUCGAAUACGAAGUCAUCAGAGAAGGAACUGAUGAGGGAGCAGAAGAAUCAAGCGACACUUAACACUGCACUAUAAAGGGUUAAGGCAGAACUGUCAGAUCAAGCGACUUAUUAAAAUAGAGUAGACUUAUGAGUUCCGAAAACUACUAGUGUAUAGUAUGAAAAGCACUACCCUGUCCUUCAUGCUGCAAUUCCAAGUAGUUCUAGUUAAACUGAUCGUGACUGAAAAAUAGCUAUUCUCUGUUACCUAGCGAUGCAAGCGUGUCUCAUUGCGACACUAAACAUUAAUAAAAUACGCUCACUACUGAAAUUGACAGCUUUAAAAGAUUUUCUGUGUGAAUAAGUGGCAGAUAUCGCCUUACUACAAGUUGCGAUAACGGAAUUCAAAAUCACCUAUUAUUUCCAAGUUGUUAAUGUCUCACAUGAAGCAAAUGUCGGAAAUGCUUUUUUUAAUCAACGAAGCGAUUCCUUUGAGCGAGAAAGGAAGAACAGAAAAAACAGAACAGCGAAGAGCUGUAAGAAUCAAAAUUUUCGAUGUCAGUUAUUAAUGUGUAUGCCCCGUCAGGGAAUUCCCAUACUUUGGACAGAGCUAAAUGUUUUAAACAUGAACUCAUUUAUUUAUUGAGGAAAAAUCCAUGUGACAUAAUUCGUUGUGAUUUUAACUGUGUUUUAAACCGCAAGGACCAUCGACCCAUUUUUAAGUACUCAUCUGAGUGAAAACAACUAGUCACCCACUUACAGCUCAAAGACGCAUUGGAGGACCAACACCCAACAACAGUAGAGACUAUAUAGCAACAGACUCAUGUAGCAGACCCGACAGGAUUGAUGUGACACGACACUUGGACAAAGUUUUAUUUAAGACGGAAACGGUUCCAUUGUAUUUCGGCGACCAUUGCAGCCUUUUAGUUUGUAUUAAGUGUGCAACAGACACGUCUUUUGAGAAUCAGUGAAAAUUAAAUGCCUCUAUUUUUUUAAAAAAAAAAAAAAAAGUAGAACAAGCAGUAUCAGAAGCAUGGACAAUGUGCCUACUCGCAGCAGACAGGCACCCAACCGUCAUUGACUGAUAGGCCAAAAGAAUCAAACCUAAACUAAGAUGAUGUCUCAUAAAAUACAGCGCUGAACGAUCCAGGGGUUGAAAAAUAGUUUAGAGUUUUAUUAUAAACUAUUAAGAGACUUGUACGAAUUAGCGAACAAGGCCACCAUUCGGCUGGCUGACAUCAAGAAAAUAAAAGCAAAAUUUUUAAGUAUUAAGAGUCAGCAAACGGAAGACCAAGUCAAUCUCUGACAAUGAAACAGCAUUCUUGUACAACAUUUAACGAGACACCAAGAAUAAACGCAGAACUUUCAUUGAAGAAGUCCAUUCACUUGAUGGUACAAAAUAAGAUUGACGAUGAGGGUUAUAGUUAUAAAGACCACUUACACUACGCCAAACAAACUGACGAUGAAGCGCUUGAGGAGUUCACAAACAUUUUAGUCGCGCAGUUAUCGGAAACAGAUCACGAAAUCAUAUCAAUGAAGUGUUACAAGAGGCAAUAGAAAGAUAUCGGGGAUCAGACGGUCGUCCCAUUGAACUUUAUGCAUGUUACUGGUUUUUACUUGGCGACAAGAUUACAUACAUGCCAAUGAGGUUAUUAAUGGAAAAAUGAUCCUUAUUGAAUUUAAGGAAAUCAAAAUAGCGUUGAUUCCAAACAAUAAAGGCAAAAACAAUUGGAACAACUUCCCACGAAUUUCGUUCACGAAGUCUACUUACAAAACUGUUAUGCGAUAAUAAACAGAAGAUUUUUAUCUUUCAUCAGAAAAUUUUUCAUUCACCGCCAGUCAAGUGCUGCAAAUAGAAUCAUUUUUCAGAGCAUAUCAUAAUACAGGGACAUCAUUGCAAGUACCGCGGUAAUCAAUAUAAAAAGUGGUCUAUUGUUUAUUGAUAUUCAUAAAACCUUCGCUCAUGUUAACCAUAGAUAACUUUCUCUGUCAACGGAAAAAAUUACAUUUUGUCCUUAGACUAUCAAUAUAAUAACCAACACUGCCAUUGGUAUAAAUGCUAAGACAGCAAUCAAUGGCAGUGCACGGAUCUGCAAUGAAAAAUUUAUAACGGAUUAAAUUUAUCAGUUCCUGCAUUCUGUCUAAAGUUUACCCGAUGGCACAUGUUUUUCCCGCUACAAAAAUAAUAGCAAGACGAAUAAUAUCAAUUAUAACAAAUUACUUAUGGCUAGGAGAAAUUUCUCACUUCGACAUGAAAAUCGUUAUAACGGACACCAGGAACGGGGAUCUGGUUUUAGCAGACAUGUAAAGCAAAGCGUCUGAAUUUUCCUUCAAAAGAACUUUCAAUAUACUUCGAAGGAACCCAGAAAGUAAAAUUUCCAAACUCUUCGAAGCCGUUAAGCCAGAAAGACUCCAACCCACGACUGAUAUGUGACUGAUAAAUGGUAGACAACAACAUGUGAGCGCCUUCUGUACCGUGGCAACUUACCUUAGUGUCGAAAUCAGAUCCUCUCAUAAUAUAACAUCAAGGCACAUCAUCCGCGAGCCGAAGAAAUAUGAGGGGAGAAAUAAAAUAGAAAAAUAUUCAGGAAUUUCAACUAUGGUUCUAUAUAGCAAAAUAGAAGUAUUUUUGGACUAUCUUCUGUUGGACUGGUUUCUGCGUGGUACAAGACAGUUAAUAACGUCAUCAGCACCAAUGACUACACGCAGUUGGCUUAACCAAAACGAACGUUUGCGCCAAUUGCAGUCUAGUGGACUCCCGUAUGCACAGAUUUACCUGUAGUGGUAGUAUAAUACCCAGAAUUGCACCAGGCAACCAAUAGCCUUUCUUACCAGGUUCUCAGUGGACUAUAUAACGCCUACGUCAAUCUGCAGACCCCAAGAGACAUACUUACUGCAAUUCAAAAAUAAUGCUAUACGCUGGUUAUUGAGCAAAUAUAUCAGCUAUAUUGUCAACAACUUAAGGUCUGACAAUGAUACAGACUUUCGCACAGACAUACAAUUUGGACAAAACCACUUCAGUAAAUAAGCAGACGAUAAGAAGAAGUAUGGCAACAUGCUGAAAAUAGUAUUCGAAGGAAUGGGUGUGCGAUAAAAAUGAAAGAACAUCAAGACACAAAUAGACAACAAAAUGACUAGUGAAAAGUAGUCUAUUUCCUUGAUAUAAUAAUAGUUCUUAAUAGUUCUAGUAGUUUUUAAAGAGAAAAAAAAUUUAUGGAAUCCAACAAGUUCUUUGCAACUUCCAGUAAAUGUUUCAGUCUUCAAUAGUGUUUGUUGAAAGAAUUUCAUUUCAAGAACAGUUUAUGUGUUUACCUUAUGACUGAUAUUUAUUUAUAUAAUUUUUUUGUUUGUUACAAACGUACGACUUUUGAGAAGAAAAUAUAUCUCCUCGGUUAAUCCAGAAAGAAGUGGAAGGAAAAAAUGGCAGAAAGCUGAAACUUCCGUUCCAUUAAUGCAACUAUAUUUUAUGCUUAAGUGGGAGAACGGUAAUGGUUUCACAAGAUGAACACGAUAAAAACAGUCUAUGUACUCAAAAGAAAAAAAUGUAUGAUUUGGUGGCAGGUAUGGGGGAGGCAUCGUGGCCAGGCCUCAGAUCUUUUGACCCCUGCACACUUUGCCUCUCCCUGCCUGACACUGAUAGGUUCCACAUAAAAAAGAAAAAAAAGUGGUUAAAAAGGAUCAGUGGUAGAGCACUUUUUAAAAAGGAGCGUAAGGCACGAGACUCAAGCAGACUGAAGCAGCAAGAGUCUUCUGGUUCACGAACGACGGCGCGAGUUCGAAUCCAGUUGUGAGCCAUCCUCUGAGCGGGACGGACGUGCGGCGGAGCCGGGCGUUCUUCCUUUGUCAACACCGAUUGCGUCGCCGCGUACCAGAUGAACCGGUUUGUGCCACAGAUUUGUGCUCAACUGGUUGACACAUUUACUGCCUACCCUGGGCUUCCUUUGUGCUGUGGUAGCGCAACAAGUUGUCCUCUGACAUUCCCGGGCAGACUUCACACACACACCGCGAAUGGAGUUUUGGUGAUGUGAUGCUUCAUCCAGGUCAUAUGAUUAAGCUAGAUGUAUCUCAACCAGAUCACUUGGAGACUUGGUUUUGGAUAGUCAAACUCACUUAGCUGCAUUAUGGUAUUUAGGAUGGCAUGUCCAAAUUUCCAACCCUCCAGUGCAAUGACUGCAGCCAUGUUUACAUCAUCAGUAACGUUCUGCAGGCAUCCUCAUCUGCUGAGAAAUUUGAAGCAGCAAAACAGCACUACUACAGUAUCUGAGAAAAUCAACAUAACAACUGCUUUGACUAAUCAAAUUUUAAAUAAGAAUUCUUAGCAACAUACCCUCACUGUUUUUGAGACUAUAUGAGAAUCCUUCUCACAGGAUAUUAUGCAGUUUGGAUACUUUAACUCCCAACUCCCACUCAGUCAGCAUUAACUGCAAGACAACAUGACACUGCAGGGAACAGGUUAUAUUUGGCUGGGAGAUUACAGGGAAACCCACAGCAAUGCCAGGGCACCACAAUCAGUUGCCAUAACAGCUUUGCACCGAUGCCACUGACUGAGCAGCAAUGAGUUCUUCCAAAAACACAUGAAGUGGGUCCACUGCCCUUUAACCUACAUCUGCUCCAAUCUCAGCUGACUCCAGUGCUCCAUGCACUGUGGCUUUGAUGCAUUCACAAAUGUGCUGGUACGACAUGAGUUGUGGAGACAAGUUGGGCAACUGCUUGCUACCAUGUAAUCACGCAGACAUAAUGGAUGGUUCACGGUAGAUGCACAGUGUUGCACUCAACCAAGAAGUUGCCUUCUUGGCAAGACUAACAGAAAAACAAGUGUAACACUGAUUUGAGUAACAGGUAAGAGAAUAUAUGUUCUUUACCAUGACUCAGGUCAUUAUUUUCUAGUCACCUCAGGAAUGGCAGUGAGUACCUUGCCAGGUACUCCAGAACAUCUUCAACACAGCAAAGUGAAAGUACUACAGUGUUCAGAGGUGAGUGACCUGAUGUUGGAGGCUGAUUUUUUAAAAGUUUUUUCAAUGUGGCACCUGCUUGGCAGUGGGAUUACUGCACCAAAUCUUUGGUGAGGAGACAGGUUGCAGCUGCUCUGGGUCAUCCCCCAAGUCCAUUACCACUUCAGCAGCAACAAGACUUUUGUCUUAUCACAAGAAAUUUGAGUAUGCUAGACACAGGUGUCUACCGUUAUGUACAGUGAAUGCAGCUCUGAGCAAGAGACCCCUUACAUUACAGAAGGACUUGAGCAAUACUGAUGACCACAUCAUGCUCUUACAAAAACAGCAGCAACAGUGUCUGCAACAACAGUAUUAUCUACAACAAUAACCACUAUACCAGCAGUCUAUCCAGCAUACACUAUGAAACAUCUCUGCCUACACGGUUUUCUGGUGCAAAGCAAGAGAUCCAGGUUGGUACAGUUCCUGGUAUUUUAAGCGUACAUGUCAUUCCAAGCAUGUGAUAAGUGUCACUACUAAGCAUCAUUAAGGAAUGGUCCAGGCAUUGUGUGAGUGGUGGGAUAGUGCACCAUAUCAUUAUGACAAUCAGUGCUGAACAGAUUACAUGUAGUGAAACACAUUACAGAUGUUGCUGAGAACGUGAGACCGUCGGACAGUGCUUGGGCAUUGCCCAUACAUUUAGUUUUGAAGAAGAAUGGAUCUCAUAGAAUGUGUGAUUGUUCUGUUUUCAAAUACACUUGACAUGUUGACAUCAAAACAGAAAAGUGCAAACUACACCAGGAGGUACUCAUGUUUCUAGGGCACGUGGUUAGUGCCCUAGGGGCCUAACCCACCACAGCACAUACAAGACAGCUUCAAACUCCACCUGGACUGCAAAACCUUUGAAUUAUUGAAGUGAUUUUUGGGAAUCUUUAGCUUCUACGACCAACACCUACUGCAAGCCACAGCUGUACAAGCCCCCCUAGUGGAUGUACUGGCAGUAAGAAACAAACAUAGUAAUAAAACACUGUCAUGGACUUCAGAAAUGCUCAGUGCCUUUGAUAGCAUUGCCCUGUCCCUCCAACAAGCUGUGACUCUAGUACAGCCUAUAAGUGGUGCUUCCUUAUCUGUCACCAAUGAUGUGAGUGUCGUGGCUUUCAGUGCACCACUCCGACAACUAGUCAUUGGGAUCCAAUAACCAUUAUGAUUCUUUUCUCAGAAACUGAUGCUGUUACAGAACAAGUUUUCUGCAUCUGACAAAGCCCUGAAAGCAGUGUAUGAAGUGGUACAUCAUUUCAAAACAGAACUGGGGUAUAGGCCCUUCACUAUUUUCAGUGGUCACAGAACACUAACAGAGGCCAUAGAGUAUGCCAGGAAGGACUGUCUGUCAUAACAUUUUCACCAUGUUGACUAUGUAAGUCAGUUUACAACUGAUGUGCAAUGUAUUUGAGAGGCAGACAAUAAUGUAAAGGCUUUCUCUUGAGAAUCAAUGCUCUUUCAUUGCACACUGAUUAUGACAAACUUGCUCUGGUGCAGGAGAUGGAUUUACAAAUCAAAGAACUUUUGCAGAACACCUCAACUAGCCUUCAGUUUGAGCACCACCACCUUCCCAGACUGGACAGUCACGUCUGGUGUGAUGUACUGUGAGGAAAAGUUAGACUAUUGGUCCCUUCUCAAAGGAGAAGACCUUUGUUUGAUGACCUCCACAUUUUAUCACACACAGGGAUCUGCCAUAUUUCCACAAUUUAUCACACAGGGGGUCCUGGUCUAUGACCAAACUUAUAAUGGACCACUUCAUUUGGCAGAAUGUAAAGUGUGACUGUAAGAAGUGAAUUUGCACCUGCAUUUUGUCCUAGUGCUGCAAAACAGGCAUGCAUGCCAGCCCAAAACAUGAGCUGUAUAACAUUCCAGCAUGUAGCUUACAGCACGUACAUUUGGAAUACCAGACAUCAUGGUCAAGAACACAGCUUUGGCUUUUGUGUGUAUAUAGAUCUCAUGGUUUGGUUGCCCUGUCACAAUAACUGUGGACCACGGCGCACAAUUUCAGGUGGCACUGUUCAAUGAAUUGUGCAGUCUCAGUGCAGUUGAAUACUUUCACACCAUUGGCAGACGUCGUAUAUGGUGAAAAAUUCGACCUCCCAACAAAUUUCAUUGAAAGUGCGAUAUUACCUGAUACAACUGAACUGCUGGCAAUGGUCCAACAAAUCAGACAACAUAUCUCCAGCAUCAUGUUGCCUCCCCCUCAGUGUUGUGGAAUUCCCAAGGUUUUUUAGACUUGGCAGCAUAUAAGCAUGUUAGGUUAUGCAAUGACACCGUAAGGGUGUCACUUCAGCUACCUUACUCUGGUCCUUACAACGUAUUACAGAGGUGUGAACACAAAUUUUAUAUCCCUCCCCAUAAUAAGUGCACUACAAUUUCAAUACAUAUAAUCAAAUCCUCAUGGAUAUUGAGCUCAGAGCCCUACCAGCAGUACUAUGACCCUGUUCACAGUCAGUCCACCACAGAACCUGCACUGCAACCUGACAUGACAUUCGGUGAUGUAUGAGGAAGUGCACCCCCUGCUCAUCACCAUCUCCACCAGACUCUCUGCCUACACACCUGCUGUCCCAAUACUGCCACCCACUCCAUCCCCCUCCACACCUCAAGGAUUUCAUCAUAGACUAGUAAGUGUUAUCACAAAUAUUUGAUACUGAGUAAAUGAAAUUUUUAAAAUUCACUGAUAUCAAUUAUAAUGUUUAAGAUUUCAUUAAUUAAAUCAUAUAGCAUACAUUUUAUGCAAAAAAAACUAAGUGUCUGUGGCAAAUCUAAGAAAAUAACUGGUUUUUAUUCCCAAAUGUGCUGUAGUCUGUUCUGCAGUUUGUAUUAAGUUUCAAACAGAACUUAGCUGUGAGUAUUAUAGCUGAAAAUUUGGAUAUGUAACAUGCUCAGUUGAUUUUCAUGCAUACUGUCAAAUAUGGAUUUAGUAUUUCAAACCAUCAAAAUGCAGAACUUUUGCUAUUUAAAUUUUUUGUUGAAAAUUUCACCUGUUCAGUGAUUAUGUUGUAUAGAAUAUAUGUGCCCUUGCUCUCAUCCUUCUGCAAAAGGUAAACAUAAUAAAUGUCCCACAUGAAUUGUAAAUUUCCAGUUUCUACUGUUCAUAAUAUAGUGUAUGAUAUAGUUGAAAAUAAACCUGUUCAGUGUUGAUGUUAUACAGAGCAAAUGUUGCCAUAAUUCUCAUCCUUUCGCAAAAGAUAAUCAUACCAAAUGUCCCAUACAAAUUGUAGAUUUCCAGUUUCUACUGUUUAUAAUACAGUGUAGUAGAUAAUGACAGUGUAGUAUAUAGUUGUAUAUUUCAGCAUAUCUUGAUGGGUAGCUCACUCUAGAAUGUGAAGACUUUUAUUCAACAUGACUGGAUCCUUAGUACUUAGUAAUGGCUGUACAUUCCCCAGUUCUCCACACUAUGGAAGAGAUGGGAGAGAGAGUGGGUGGGGGGAGCUGCUCUGUAUGGAACACCCCCUUCUCCCCCCCUCCCCCAUCAAUAUGCAAUGGAACAAGGAAAUGGUAUCAAUAUAGUUGAUGAUGGAUGUGAGAACAAAAAGUGUUGAUGUGUCUGAUAUCUUUAGUGUUCAAUCAGUCUGGCUUUGUAUGCUUUUGUGAGUAGAUGCUUAUGUGUAUCUUGGUUCAGUUUAAGAACAAUAAAAAUGGUAUUCACAGUUUGUA